UAUUGGAUCUCUUGUCUUCAAUUGCAGAAAAGUUUCAUUACGGGAUAACUCAAAUCCUAAAAUCUUUGAUUUGGUUUGGUAAGAAGCCAUUCCAAGUUGUAAUGGAUACCUGUGGUUCAGUCCAGGAACUUGAGACACCAGAUAAAGGGAUUUGUUCUAACAGUACAGGACUCUGCCUGCUGUCACCUGUCUUGGAGAUCAAUGAAGAUUGUCCACUCGACGAUAAGAUCGAUAGUGAAGAAGAGGAGACCUUCUUUGAUAGCCAAGCGUGGCUAAGAUCAGAUUGUGAGGAUGAGGUUUCUAAUAAUCCUGGGGAAGAACCUCCUCCAGCAUUAGAGGAGAAAAAGGAACUAGUGGAGCUAUUGGAGGACCCUUUUUGGAGUGAUCUACUAAUUCAACAUCCUACGAAAGUCAUAUCAAUUUACAGGGAUAACAUACAGUUGGUUCGGUUUUUUCAGGAUUGCUCUUGGACGAGUGAGCAAGGUUUCAAGAAUCAUAGCAUCGUUAAGCCAUCUAUCCUCGUGAAAAUUCCCAAGGAAUUCAAUGGUUUGAGUAAUUCCAGGAACAACUCAUUGCAUGGCAAGGAGAGAGUUCAAAAGAACAAGUCAAACUCUAAGGAGAAAAGUUUCUGUUGCAUCCCGGUGGUUUAGUCCAAGACAUUGGCUUAGCAUCAAACAAAGCUUUCUGCAAAUGAAUUUAUAGUACAAACUUAUAUUAUUUAA